UUUUCAAAUCCUUCAAAAAAAGGUCAUCCACAAACCGAAUAUAUACAGGGAAAAAUUAUAUGUAUCAGUAGCAAACAAAAACAAAUACAUAAAAACAAAAAUUUGAGAGAUCUCAGCACAAAUUGUGGUUGAGAUGCAAUCUCUUUACAGUCUCGCUUGCACUGCAGAAAACCCAACAAUAUUACCAUUCCAACCCAUUUUAUCACUUAUUUGUCCCAUCUUUUUCCGCUCAUAUAUCUCCGACGGAUUCACCGGAAAAAAGUGGGGAUAAAAAGUAUAUAUUGUAUUUCUUCAACAUAUCUUCAAGUACAAUUUUGAUUGAAACCUUUAUGCCCUAUUACAUUGAUUAGAGCACACAGAGAUAUUAUUUCUACACAAAGUAUCGAGUUCCAGUAGAAGGUUUUUUCAUCGCCGGUUGGUUGUCUGGAAUGCUUGCUGUGUCGCCUUUGAGGGACACCUGCAGGGAUGAAAACCAAGGAGAGGUGGAGAGAUUCGACUUGACCGAUUUUGGCGAUGGAAAUCAACUCGACAGCAUCGACUUCGACGAUCUUUUUAUUGGCAUCAACGAUGGGGAUGUGCUGCCGGACUUGGAGAUGGACCCGGAAAUCCUUGCUGAAUUUUCAGCCAGUGGGGGUGAGGAAUCUGAGAUAAACACAUCUCUAUCGGCUGAGAAAUUGGAGGACAACAGAAAGAGAGAGGAAGACGAUAAAGUCUCGGGUUCUGGCUCAGCUAGCUCCAGACUAAACUCAAGCAGGAGCUCUCGAGGAGAAGAUGGAGAAAUUGUAAGUAAAAGAGAAGAAAGAGUUGCAGUGAGUACUAAUAAUACAUCUCAGAAAGAAGAAUACAAAGGACGAAAAUCAUCCACUACUGCACAAUCAAAGAAUUCUCAAGGGAAGCGAAAAGUGAAGGUGGAUUGGACAGCUGAGCUCCAUAGGCGAUUCGUUCAAGCAGUGGAACAACUUGGGGUCGAUAAGGCAGUGCCUUCUAGGAUUUUAGAGCUUAUGGGAAUAGAUUGUCUUACUCGCCACAAUAUUGCCAGCCACCUUCAGAAAUACAGAUCGCAUCGAAAACAUUUGCUGGCGCGUGAGGCUGAGGCGGCAAGCUGGACACAAAGAAGGCAAAUGUACGGCUCGGUGGCAACCGGAGGUGGAGGAGUGCCAAAGAGAGAGAUGAGCCCGUGGCUGGCACCCACCAUGGGUUUCCCUCCCAUAACACCCCCCAUGCAUCCUCAACAUUUCAGACCCUUACAUGUGUGGGGCCAUCCCACCGUCGACCAAUCCUUAAUGCACAUGUGGCCCAAACAUUCUCCAUCUCCACCACCUCCAGCACCACCUUCUGCAGUCUGGCCACCGGCUCCACCACCGCCUGACCCUUCAUAUUGGCAUCCUCGCCACCAGCGUGUUCCCAGUGCACUAACCCCAGGAACGCCAUGCUUUCCCCAACCACUGGCUACUACGAGAUUUGGCGCUCCACCUGUCCCGGGAAUCCCACCCCAUGCCUUGUAUAAAGUAGAUCCCAGCAUCAGUGUCCCGACUGGACAAUCUGGUCCACACCCUCUCCUUGACUUUCAUCCGUCUAAAGAGAGUGUAGACUCAGCUAUUGGAGAUGUUUUAUCGAAACCAUGGCUCCCACUUCCUCUAGGAUUAAAACCUCCAUCUCUUGAUAGCGUGAUGGUGGAACUACAACGACAAGGAGUUCCUAAAGUACCACCCUCUUGUGCUUGACCCACAAAAACAUUGCUCCAAAGGAGGUUGUUUUGAAGCUGUGCUUUAAGGCCGAGAAAGCCCAAAAAUCUGACGACAUGUCCUAUAUUAGAGUACUACACAUCUAAUUUAAGAGGUUUUUUUUUUUUUUUUUUAAUUAUUAUUUUUAUUUCCACUAUUUUCUUUUUCAAUAACAUAUUUAAGAACUGCUUUAUUUUAUAAUAUUCUAUAUCAUCAAGAAUAAGAGCUUAUAUUGUCGAUUCGUAUAUAUGUAUAUCCAUGUAUGACAAUAAAACGAUUGAUUUUGUAGAGUUCGCUCUGAGCA